AUGGUCGAGGCCACGAAGUUCGGCCGUACCCGCGUCCCGAGCUCCCCUCGCCGGCUCGCACCGUCCAGUUUCUUCGAGCUGCACCGAAGCAAGCUGGUUUGCGGCGGUGCUUCGAUGCUGGUCUUCCUGGCAGCGGCCGCUCUGUUGAAGCCGAAGCCGCUGCUUCCGGUGGCUGCUGCUACUGCCGGCCAAGCAACCCCAGAAGAGCUUGCCUGCAUGCAGCCUCUUCCAGAAUCCGACUGCACCUCAGAGAGCCAGCCGGAGCCUCCCAUCGAGGUGCCAGCGCCCGGGCGACGGGCGCGGCUGGCGCCCUGGAACGAGAUGGAGUACCAGCUCUUUUUGCCUUCGACUUGGGAAGAGACGGGCAGCCAGACCUAUCCUGUCCUUGUCUUCCUGCACGGUGCGGGUGAUGGCAAGUUCAGUGUCAUGAAUUCGCAGAGCUUGCCCCGACUCCUGACAAGGAACCAAUCCACCUGCUUCGAUCCUCGGAGCUGUUGGUGCCUGGGUUCGGAGUACAGCAGGGCCCGGGCGAAGAUGGAGGCGCCUCCCGACUCGCCGCAGCCUUUUCUGGAAGACGAGGAAGACCUCGCCAGCCCUAUGGCUGUCUGCGAUUUCGCAGACACUUUCCAGUUCAUCGUUGUGAUGCCUCAAGGAUGGCUGCCGCAAAAUCAAGUUGGCUGGAGCAGUGUGCGACUGAAACAGGUCGAGCUGCUGACAAAACACGUCUUAGAGCAAUAUCGAGGCGACCCAGCGCGCGUUUCCCUGACUGGCCAAUCGGCUGGUGGAGCUGGGGCCUGGUACUUUGCGUCGCUGCGACCUUCGCUGUGGGCCUCUGUAAGUUCUAUCUGUGCACCUGCCCCACCAGAUCUGGCGAUGAGUUUGGACGGCCUGUCGAUCUGGGUUGUUGGCUGGACAGGCGACGGCGAGAUGGGUAGCGAUGACAUCGUCGCAGCGCUGAAGCAGCGGAGGUCGGCGGAAGUACGGUACACAAGAUACACGAUCGCCCCGCCCCCGCCAGACCCUCUCUACCACUACAUGGUUGGCCAUGCCAGCUACGACUUGAUCUAUCGUGACCCACGCCUCUGGCAGUGGGUGUUGUCCCAUCAGAAGCCCUCUGCCAAAGACGCAUGGGGCUUGUGA